UUAUAUAUUUUAAGUUUGUCAUAAUGAUUAUUGUUUCACAUGUACUUACACAAAUUAUGCGAAAUUGGGAAUUUCAGCAUUUGCAGCGAGAAUCUGUAUUCCCUCCCUCAUUGGGAAAACCUCUGAUUCUCCCAAAGCGUUUAAGGAAAGAUAUCAUGAGUUCAUUACAGCCUUAAAGAUAGCAGUUUUCUGUAAUGCCAAGUCAACAAUGGCCCUUCAUAUACAUAUCAUAUAUGUAUGUAUCUGUGAAUCUGUUUUCUCAAGAAAAGUUUCUUCAUAGUUCUUUCACACAGGCUUGGCUUUCAAGAGGAGUUUGAUUUAAUUACCGCCGUUAAGGCUCUGGUUCUGAGCUUCAGAAGUCACAAUGGACAACAAGAUGAUGGGGAUGAGCUUCAACAGAUUCAAGACAUGCUCUGCUUUAUUUGCCAUAGCUUUCACUGUACUGGUCAUAAUUACAUUAACGUAUCAGAACUCAAUGUUUUAUCUUUCUGAGGGUUUUUCAAAAGACAAGAUACUACGAAGAAGACCUCACAAUGUUACGACUAUGGACUUGGGAUUCAGAGAGAGUGCAAAAAACACAUCAGACAUGAAUGGAACCUCCUCAGAGUCAAGGUUUCCACAGGAGGAGCUCAGUACUACAGCAACAGAAGAUGGAGCUCAGAAUCUUACAGGGUCAGAUGAAGGAUUCAAAAAAGCUUCAAUCUCACAUAUCAAAAGUAAUGGCACUGAGCAAUUGUAUGAAGGGCUUCUAGCUUCUGGGUUUGAUAAAUCAUCAUGCAUAAGCAGGUUUCAGUCUUACUUGUACCGAUACAGAAAAGCUUCUUCUCCUCACAAACCCUCUUCAUAUCUGAUCUCCAAAUUACGCAAUUAUGAAGAAAUUCACAGAAAGUGUGGACCUGGCACCAGACAUUACAACAGAACCAUGAAAAAGCUCGCAAGGUUUAAGAAACAAAGUACUAAUACCACGUGUAAGUACCUUGUGUGGACUCCUGCAAAUGGCUUAGGGAACAGAAUCAUAAGCAUGGCUGCUGCAUUUGUUUAUGCUUUACUUACAGAUAGAGUUCUGCUUGUGAAAUUUGAAGAUGAUAUGAUGGGUCUGUUCUGUGAGCCAUUUCUAAACUCAACUUGGCUAUUUCCAAAGGAUUCCCCGUUUUGGAAUCCAAGAGGUGUUGAAACAUAUCAGAGCAUGUUAGCUAAGAACAGUUCACCUUCUGUUCUGCAUCUGAAUCUCCAGCACUCCAAAGAGGAUCCUGAGAAGUUUUUCCAUUGUGAUCAUAGCCAAAAGCUUGUUCGAAAAGUUCCCUUCUUGAUUUUGCUGACAGAUCAGUAUUUUGUUCCUUCUCUGUUCAUGAUCCCAUCUUUUAACCUUGAGAUGACACAAAUGUUCCCAGAAAGGGACACCGUUUUUCACCAUGUGGGACAUUACCUUUUUCACCCUUCAAAUGAAGCAUGGGGACUAAUAAGCAGAUUCUAUGAUGCAUACUUAGCAAAAUCAGAUGAGAAAAUUGGCCUUCAAAUCAGACUCUUCUCUCCUCAUUCCACCCCACAUGAAGCAGUUAUGGACCUACUCUUAAGUUGUACCUUGCAGCACAAGUUACUCCCAGAAUUAGACACAAAAAAUUCAGUAGAUUCAACCCAAGAAAACUCGAGCUUGAAGGCUGUUCUAGUGGCAUCUCUAUUUCCAGAAUAUGGUGAGAAUUUGAAAACUAUGUAUCUGAGGAAGCCAACCAUUACAGGAGAAUUGGUUGGAGUAUAUCAACCAAGUCAUGAAGGGCAUCAAAAGUUUCAUAACAAUAUGCAUAACAUGAAGGCAUGGACAGAAAUGUACCUCUUGAGUCUGUGUGAUAAGUUGGUGACUACCUCCCUGUCUACUUUUGGGUAUGUGGCUCAAGGUUUGGGAGGAUUAAAGCCAUGGCUUCUUUAUAGGCUAGUUGGAAAUAGGACUCUGCAUCCUAAUCCACCUUGUCAGAGGGACUUCUCUAUGGAGCCUUGUUAUCAUAUUCCUCCUAAGCAUGACUGUGAGGGGAACAGUAUCAAACAUUUUACUUCUUCUUUCCCGUACAUGAGGUCAUGUGUGGAUUAUUCCUCUGGAGUAAAGUUGGUUAAUGUUUCCAUCUAGCAACUAUGCACCCAAAAAAAAAAUCUCAUUAUCAGUCAAUCAGUUAUCACUAUUCAUGAAAUUUUGUCUACUCAAUAUUUAAGUUGUAUUGAAUUAAUAGAUUUGAAUUUUAACCAGAAAGUGGAUUUUUGUAAAAA